UUCCUUCCGCAUUGAUCCAUGAUUCGCUUGAGAUCUUAAGUCAAACCCUUCAAAUAAUUACUCAUUAAUUAGGGCUAAACCCUAUUUCACAUCUGGGUUUUUUUCUUCCAAGAAUCUUUUCUUUUGGGUCGAUCCUCCCAUCUGGGUUUAUACCGGUUGGUUCAACAGGAUAACAUAAUCCUAUAUUCCAAUUUAGGUCUGCUUCUUGAUUAUCUUGUUGGUGUGUUUGGGAUUUCUCAUCCCUUUUUCUUACUGUCUGACCCCCCCUUUUCGCGAACUUGUGGUUCGGAUAAGAUAGAAUCCUCCCUCACUCAUCUUGUUUCACAAUCAGUCUUUUGUUAUUUGAGUUUAGAGAUUAGUGCUAAAAUCUUCUUCUUCCCAAGUUUGAACCUUCCUUUUUUUCAUGUUGGAUCCUUGAUUAGACAGUUUAUAAAGAUUUGACAGUAGGUUUUCCCUUUUUCUUUUUCUUUUCUUUUUAGUUUAAUUUUUGUGUAUAUAUUCUUGAGAAACCAGCUGUUAUAAGUCGAACCCUCUUCCUAUUUUACAUCUACUGUUUUGGGAACUUAACCUUUUUUCUCUUAGUUUACUUCUGUGGAUGAGUUUUAUCCAUCUGAUUGGAUUUGGCUUAAAAGUGGGUCAGCUUCUUUUGAUGCUAUGUUGCUCGUUUCUAUCAGUGAUCUCGACGAAUUGCUUCACUAAUGGUGUAGAGAUGAAGCCUAAGAGUGGGUUUAUUGGAAUCAGUACUAGUACUCGGAAGAUUUGGAUGAAAUUUCUCGAGAUCUUGGCAGGGAACAGCUCCAAGAUCCAUCAUCACUACUAUCAAUAUAUUGGUUCAAGAAAAGUUAGAAAGACAUGGUGGAGGAAGCUUUUGAUCUUAUGGGUUGCAUUUGGUACAAUUGUUUCUUUGUGGUUCUUUUGGUAUUUGAGAUCUCAAGCCAUGGAGAAGAGGAAAGAAACACUAGCAAACAUGUGUGAUGAAAGAGCUAGGAUGCUUCAAGAUCAGUUCAAUGUCAGCAUGAAUCAUGUUCAAGCUAUGUCUAUUUUGAUCUCAACUUUCCACCAUGGCAAAAAACCUUCAGCAAUUGAUCAGGAGACCUUUGCUAAGUAUACAGAAAGAACUGCUUUUGAGAGGCCACUUACAAGUGGGGUGGCUUAUGCUGUAAGGGUACUUCAUUCAGAAAGAGAACAGUUUGAGAAGCAACAAGGAUGGACCAUAAAGAAGAUGACCCCAGUUAAUAAAGAUGAGUAUAAUCCUGAAGAAUUGGAGCCAUCCCCAAUUCAACAAGAAUAUGCCCCUGUUAUCUUUGCACAAGAUACCGUUGCUCAUGUAAUUUCGCUUGAUAUGAUGUCAGGAAAGGAAGAUCGUGAAAAUGUGUUGCGAGCUAGGGCAUUAGGAAAAGGGGUUCUGACCGCCCCUUUGGAUCUUAUAAAGUCAAACCGGCUUGGAGUCAUAUUGACAUUUGCUGUUUAUAAGCGAGAUCUUCCCUCAAACGCCACUCUAGAGGAAAGGAUCCAGGCAACUGAUGGUUACCUUGGUGGAGUAUUUGAUAUCGAAUCAUUGGUGGAAAAGUUACUUCAGCAGCUUGCAAGCAAACAAACCAUCUAUGUGAAUGUCUUUGACACGACUAAUAUAUCAAAUCCGAUCAGUAUGUAUGGUACUAAUGUCUCAGACACCGGUUUGCACCAUGUUAGUCCUCUCAAUUUUGGCGAUCCCUCAAGAAAGCACGAGAUGCAGUGCAGAUUCAAACAAAAACAACCGUGGCAAAUCUUAGCGCUAUCAACUUCUUUUGGUAUCUUUGUGAUUACCUUGCUUGUUGGGCAUAUCUUUCAUGCAACUGUAAAUAGAAUAGCCAAAGUUGAAGAUGACUAUCUUGAAAUGUCAGAGCUCAAAAGACGCGCAGAGGCUGCUGAUGUGGCCAAAUCUCAGUUCCUCGCUAAUGUUUCCCAUGAAAUCAGAACCCCAAUGAAUGGUGUUCUUGGGAUGCUGGAUAUGCUUAUGGACACUGUUCUUGAUGUAACACAACAAGAUUAUGUUAGAACAGCUCAAGCUAGUGGAAAAGCUCUAGUUUCACUUAUAAAUGCGGUUCUUGAUCAAGCCAAAAUUGAAUCUGGUAAGCUCGAGCUCGAAGCCGUCCACUUCGAUCUUCGGGCUAUACUAGAUGACGUAUUGUCACUAUUUUCAGGGAAGUCGCAAGAAAAGGGACUUGAGUUGGCAGUUUACAUAUCUGAGAAAGUCCCAGAAACGCUGAUUGGUGAUCCAGGGCGAUUUCGUCAAAUCAUCACAAACCUCAUGGGUAACUCUAUUAAGUUCACGGAGCAAGGGCACAUCUUUGUAACAGUGCAUCUUGUUGAGGAAGUAAUGGAGUCGAUAGGUGUAGAGACUGAACCAUCAUUGAAAGACACAUUAAGUGGACUGCCUGUGGCUGAUAGAAACCGCAGCUGGGAUGGGUUCAGAACCUCGAGUCAAAUGGUGGGUCCAUGUGAUAAUAUUACUUUGAUUGUAUCCGUCGAGGAUACGGGUGUUGGAAUCCCGCUAGAAGCACAAUCUCGUAUCUUUACUCCGUUUAUGCAAGUGGGUCCCUCCAUUUCCCGUAUACAUGGAGGAACUGGUAUUGGUCUAAGCAUCAGCAAGUGUUUGGUGAACCUAAUGAAUGGCGAGAUUGGGUUCACUAGCAUCCCAAAAGUUGGGUCCACUUUUACGUUCACUGCUGUUUUCAGCAAUGGCUGUUCGAAUCCAAGUGAGCAGCAAGUCAACACUUGGUCAAAGUCGGAGUUUCGUGGCAUGCAAGCGAUCAUCGUGGAUCCCAGGCCCGUACGAGCUGCGGUAUCAAGAUAUCACAUCCAACGGCUAGGAAUGCACGUGGACAUUGUGCCAAAUUUGACCAACACAUUCUCUAUGUUGAGCAAUGGAAGUAAAGUGGUCCACAUGAUCCUGAUUGAAGAGGAAGUUUGGGAUAAAGAUUUAAGCUCGUCGGCGGUGUUUGUUUAUAAGUUAAGAACAGUAGAUCACAAGAUUCCUUGGAAGCUGUUUCUUUUAGCGAAUUCGAUUGGUGGGUCUCGUGGCAUUUCUUGCCCACCCGUCAUAACUAAACCGUUAAGGGUCAGCAUGUUGGCUGCAUCUUUACAACGAGCGAUGGGUGGUAAUAAAAGUACCGCCCGAAAUGGAGAGGUCCCGAAACUAUCUUUGUCAAAGCUGUUGGUGGGAAGGAAAAUACUGGUGGUGGACGACAAUAAUGUGAACCUACGAGUGGCUGCGGGUGCGUUGAAGAAAUAUGGAGCGGAAGUGGUGUGUGCGGAUAGCGGGAGGAAAGCUAUUUCCCUGCUAAAGCCGCCUCACUCUUUUGAUGCGUGUUUCAUGGAUAUCCAGAUGCCCGAAAUGGAUGGGUUUGAAGCAACAAAAACGAUUCGUGAGAUGGAAUACAAUGUGAAUAAUCUUAUCCAACACGGGAAACUAUUAUUGCAAGACUAUGCGAAUAUUUCAAACUGGCAUGUUCCAAUCUUGGCCAUGACUGCUGAUGUUAUUCAAGCUACACAUGAACAAUGCCUAAAAUCUGGAAUGGAUGGCUAUGUCUCUAAACCAUUUGAAGCAAAUCAACUUUAUCAAGAAGUUUCAAGAUUUUUCCUAUGAACCUCCUCCACCCUACGAAACUAACUACGAGUGUGCCUGCCUGCCUGUUUUUUGAGGCAUUUUGGGAACGGGGUUCAAGUUCUGCGCAAGGGAAAGUAGUUGUGGGAAGGAUAUACUGGUGUACAUAGUGAUUUUAUCGGUGGAGAUUUGUUCGUUUUGUAGAGCGAGUUAGAUACAGAAAACCAAUUCAUUUGGCUCCAUGUAGUUUUGAUCUCUAUUUUCUAGUUGUCAUCAGAAGAUGGGAAGUUUGUUGGUGGUCCUUUCUUCGGCUGAUACAUAAUUCAAAGAGAGGAUCCUCGCCUUUAAAGUAGUCGAUGGAGGAGGAGGAGGAAUGAGUGAAUGAAUGUGUGGUGACGGUAUAUAUCCUUGACUUGAAAAAUAAAUACGGUUACACGUAAUGAAUGAACGAACGAAUGUAUUUAUGUAUGUAUGUAUGUAUGUAGUAGUAUACACUUUUCUUUCAGGUUGAAGCUGGUUUUAGACACCAAAAGUGUAUUGUUUGGUAAAUUUGUGUAUAUACAUAAGAUUUGCAGACUU